GUUUGUCUGAUCUCUGCUACACUCCCCCAUGAAAUUUUGGAAAUGACCAGCAAAUUCAUGACUGACCCCAUCAGAAUCCUUGUAAAACGUGAUGAACUGACACUGGAAGGAAUCAAGCAGUUCUUUGUUGCCGUUGAACGCGAAGAAUGGAAGUUUGACACACUCUGUGACCUGUAUGACACACUCACUAUUACACAGGCUGUCAUCUUCUGCAAUACUAAGCGAAAAGUGGAUUGGUUGACAGAAAAAAUGAGGGAAGCCAACUUUACAGUCAGUUCUAUGCAUGGUGAUAUGCCUCAGAAUGAGAGAGAUACCAUCAUGAAAGAAUUCAGAUCAGGCACCAGUCGUGUGCUGAUCACGACGGACGUGUGGGCGCGAGGCAUAGACGUGCAACAGGUGUCACUGGUGAUCAACUACGACCUGCCCAACAACCGUGAGCUCUACAUCCACCGCAUCGGUCGGUCGGGUCGCUUCGGGCGCAAGGGUGUCGCCAUCAACUUUGUCAAAAGCGACGACAUCAGGAUUCUGCGCGACAUCGAACAGUACUACUCCACGCAGAUCGACGAAAUGCCUAUGAAUGUGGCUGAUUUGAUCUAAGACGUCGUCCUUUGAUAUUAUGAUGCAAACUACCUGUAAGAAAAUAGAAUAGUUUUGUAUUAUCUCAUUAACAAAGUUCAUUUCAUUCAUUAUGAAUAUUCUUCAAUUUUCUCACAAUCUUUCACUGGUUGAUGAUUAUCAAUAUUCAAUGAUGUUUUAAUAAAUACCCUAUAACAAAAUAAAAUGAUUUAUUGUUUAUAGAUUAAAUAUCUUUGAUGCAAUAAAACUACUGUUUUAAUAAUUUGACAUUACAGUGCAA